AUGGCAGCAGGAAAGCAGCAAGGAAAUUCAAGCACUUUAUUUACAGAAUCAGGCGUGGCAAGGAGAGUUAUCAGAUACCAUGGACGGCGCUGUGUGGUUAGGAGAAGAAGGAGAUAUGUUGUUCGCUUGGGCCGAAAGAAGAAGAUCAUUCGACGAUUUUUACGUAAAAUAAGAAUCAAGUUGUUACGAAAAUACAGGAAGAUAAAGCGCAUCAGUGGCCGUUGGAGGGUGCGUAUAAAGCGACGUUGGUUUGGGCUGCGAAAACGCCGUAGGGGCUGGUUUUAUCGUUGGCGGAGACGUUGGAAGAAAAUAAGACGCGUUAAACUGACCUGUCGUAUAAGAGGUCGACGACGCAGGGUUCGACGCCGACGAAGGAGAUGGCUUGUUCGAGUCAAAAGACGCUGGAGACGUUGCAAGCGUCGCGUCACGAGAUACAUCAGGUAUCGAAAGAAGAGAGUCAUCGUGCGGAGAGGUAGAGGAGGGUACCGUGUACAACUGAGAAACGGCAAAUAUGGAAAAACAAGGAGGUUCAGAAUUAUUUACCGCCGGUUCAUUAGAGUGAGAUUAGAAAGUCAAGGUUUUGUUGAUAAAAAAAGGGGACGCACAUUGCUCGGACGCUCGCGGGCCUACAUCAGAGUAAAUGGAAGAGAUUAUUCCCCACACCGGCGUGGUUUUAAUGUUGUUCUUGUUAACCGUAGAACUGGUCGGGUUUUCCGAAGGCGAAGUUUUGACACCCAUGGCAGCCGUUAUCAAGCAAAGAAAUUCAAGAGGUUUAUUUACGGAAUCAAAAGCGGCACGAUUGUGUUAGUUGCUAUCCAAGAUGAAGCAUAUCGAUACGGAAGAUAUUACAAGUACGUCUUCAGAAGGCUUAAAAUCCACCCGCGCAGAAUAAGAUUCGGUUACAGAAGUAGUCUUGCCUUGAUCGGUUAUGUGGGUGGGCACAGACCAUCUUGGCUUAGAUAUAUGAGUCGACAUCAAAAACGUGGCCCAAGUUCCUUGGUCUCUCGUAUCCCACUUGGCCGAGUUUCCGGAAGAAAGUACCGAAGGAUAAUAAGAAGGAAACGACGACGAGUCCGACGAAGAAAUCGUCGUAGAAGACGUCGAAGACGGAGAUAUCGAAGACAAAAAAUAAGGAGAAAGAGACGACGACGCAGGAGACGAAAACGGAGGACACUCGUUGUUUAUCACGGACGCCGUAAGCCGAUAAUAAGGAGGCCAAUAUUAGGGCUGACUUGGAAGAGAAGGGUUAGGCCUCUGCUUCGCUUGACAGUUUACGUUAGGGGCAGGUAUAGGCCACUCAAGCGAAGAGGUCGAUACUGGUAUACAUUCAUCAGCCCACGAUGGGUUAGAGUCAUCAGAGGAAAGAGUGUUUGGUAUUACCGUUCCCGAAAUCGCUGGCUCAAACUCAAACCUGUCAGGCUUUCGGCACGUGUUGGACGCAGGCGAUGCAGUAUACGACCUCGUGGACGUAAGCUGUACGCUCGCAUCGGGAGGCGUUACAAGCGUGUAAAAACGCGAUUCAUACGCUAUGUCCGUUUCAAAGGAAAAAGAUUUAUAGUCAAGAGAAGAGGGAGGAAGGUUAUACUCAUCCGUAAAGGAAGACGGACUCGACCUCUGGCAGUAGUACGUUCCCGACGUUAUAGCCGCAAACUUUUGGUAAGGAGGAGAAGAAGGAGAUUGCGCAGAAUCAGACGUCGGCGGCGAAGAUUGCUCAGAAUAAUCAGGCGGUACUUCAAACGAAAGCGACGGGGACGAAGAGGUCGUCGAAUACAACGGUUCAUUAAAGUGAGAUUGGAAAGUCAAGGCUUUGUUGAUAAAGUAAGGGGACGCAAAUUGUACGGACGCUCGCGGGCCUACAUCAGAGUAAAUGGAAGAGAUUACUCUCUACACCGGCGUGGUUUUAAUGUUGUUCUUGUCAGCCGUAGAACUGGUCGGGUUUUCCGAAGGGUAAGUUUUGACACUCAUGGCAGCCGUUAUCAAGCAAAGAAAUUCAAGGACUUUAUUUACAGAAUCAGAAGCGGCACGAUUGUGUUAGUUGCCGUCCAAGAUGAAGCAUAUCGGUACGGAAGAUAUUACAAGUAUGUCUUCAAAAGGCUUCAGGUGUUACCACGCAGAAUUAAGCUCAGUUACAGAGGCAGUCUUGCCGUGAUCGGUUAUGUGGGUCGAGUCAGACAACGUUGGCUUAGAUAUAGGUUUAGACCUCAAAGACGUGGCCCAAGUUCCGUUGUCUCUCGUAUCCCACUUCGCCGAGGAGCGCUAAGAGGGGUAAGACGAAGAAGCAGAAGACAGCAAAGGGUAAAAAGGCGAAAGAGAAGGAGACGAAGAAGGCGAAGAAGGCGACGUAGAUUGAGGCGAAGAAAGAAUCGUCGGAGAAGAAGAAGAAGACGAAGAAGAAGAAGAAGAAAAAGGAGACGACGAAUAAAACGAUUUAUCUUCAAAUACCACGGUCGGCGACGUGUGGUGCGCACAAUACGAAAGUACGUUUUCAAGCUAAAGGGCAGGAGGUAUCCCAUAGUCGGGUUCAAAAGGCGCUUAAGACUACGUAUAAAACGGAAAUGGUGCAGGCUUAGACGAAAGGGUCGACGAUGGAGGGUACGUAUUAAGAGGCGGUGGUGCCGCCUGAAGAAACGAAGAGGAAAGUGGCUCUACAAACUUAGAAGAAGAUGGUUGCGUCUUAGAAGGGUCCGGCUUACAGUACGCAUCAAGCGUAGAUACUACCGUGUAAGACGCCGAAGAGGACGGUGGUCAUGUAAGGUCAAGAAAAGAUGGAGAGGAAUAAAGCGAAGGCGUUUGUCAUAUUUCCGCUUUAAAGGACGCAAGCGUUAUGUAAGGAUUGGACGAAGAAAAAUAACCUAUAAACGGAAACGAUUCAGGUUCAUAAAACGGAUUACUCGUCGUAGAAAAGUCUUGAGCCGACGUGCUAGAAGGCGAAUUUUACGUCGGCGACGAAGAAGGUUCAGACGGCGGUUGAGGCGAAAACGACGCAGAAGGAGAAAAAGGAGGAGAAGACGCCAAAGAAGACGCCGUCGACGAAGGCGAAGACGAAGAAGGGGGCCAAGGAGAAGAGGUGUUAGUAGGAGACGAUAUCGAAGGCAACGAAGACGACGACGGAGAAGAAAACUGAGGAAGCGUAGGCGAAGACGUCGCAGAAGACGUCGGCGACGAAGAAGUAGGCGACGUAGAAAACUCCGAAGAAGACGGCGACGAGGUGAGGCAAACCAUUGA